AUGAGCGCGGCGGGCGGGAAGGCGGCGCGGCCGCCGGGCGCGGCGGAGCCGGGGCGGGCGGGAGGCGCGGCGGCGGCGGGCGGCAAGGAGGUGCCGAAGGUGCUGGUGGACCCGCGGACGCGGCGCAGCUACCUGCGCGGGCGCUUCCUGGGCAAGGGCGGCUUCGCGCGGUGCUACGAGCUGGCCGAGGCCGAGAGCCGCGAGGUGUUCGCCGGCAAGGUGGUGCCCAAGUCGCUGCUGGUGAAGCCGCACCAGAAGGAGAAGAUGUCCAUGGAGAUCGCCAUCCACCGCAGCCUGGCGCACCGGCACGUCGUCGGCUUCCAGGGCUUCUUCGAGGACGCCGACUUCGUCUACGUGGUGCUGGAGCUCUGCCGCCGCCGGUCGCUGCUGGAGCUGCACAAGCGGCGGAAGGCGCUGAGCGAGCCCGAGGUGCGCUACUACCUGCGCCAGACCAUCCUGGGCUGCCAGUACCUCCACAACCACCGCGUCAUCCACCGUGACCUCAAGCUGGGCAACCUCUUCCUCAGCGAUGAGAUGGAGGUGAAGAUCGGUGACUUUGGCCUGGCUACCAAAGUGGAGUAUGAUGGCGAGCGUAAGAAGACCCUGUGUGGGACCCCGAACUACAUUGCUCCAGAGGUGCUGGGCAAGAAGGGGCACAGCUUCGAGGUGGACAUCUGGUCCAUUGGCUGCAUCAUGUACACUCUGCUGGUAGGGAAACCGCCUUUUGAAACGUCUUGUCUAAAGGAAACUUACAUCCGAAUUAAGAAGAAUGAAUAUACCAUCCCCAAGCACAUCAACCCUGUAGCUGCUAACCUCAUCCAGAAGAUGCUGAGGUCUGACCCUGCCACACGCCCAACAAUUGACGAGUUGCUGAAUGACGAGUUCUUCACGUCAGGAUACAUCCCCAACCGCUUGCCCACCAGCUGUCUCACCGUUGCACCUAGGUUUUCAAUUGCUCCCAGUGGGCUUGAAUUAAAUGGGCGAAAGCCGCUGACUGCCCUCAAUAAAGGACCGGACAGCCCUGCACUAGAGAGCUUGCCUGAAAAAGAUGAUGUAGCUGGGCUGCGGGAGCUAGGAGAUGCUGUUGACUGUCACUUAGCAGACAUGUUACAGCAGCUGACUGCAGUCAAUUCAGCCAAGCCAUCUGAGAGAGUGGUUGUGAGACAAGAAGAGGCUGAAGACCCAGCCUGCAUUCCUAUCUUCUGGGUUAGCAAAUGGGUGGACUACUCAGAUAAAUAUGGUCUAGGUUAUCAGCUGUGCGACAACAGUGUUGGAGUUCUCUUCAAUGACUCCACUCGUCUUAUUAUGUAUAAUGAUGGAGACAGCUUGCAGUACAUUGAGCAAAACAGCACGGAGUCCUACUUCACUGUGAGAUCUUAUCCCUCUGCCCUAAACAAGAAGAUAACACUAUUGAAAUACUUCCGGAACUACAUGAGUGAGCACCUACUGAAGGCAGGUGCUAACAUCACGCCUCGGGAAGGAGAUGAGCUGGCUCGUUUACCCUACCUCUGCACAUGGUUCCGGACCCGCAGUGCCAUUAUCCUGCACCUCAGCAAUGGCACUGUGCAGAUCAACUUCUUCCAGGACCACACCAAAGUCAUCCUGUGCCCUCUCAUGGCUGCUGUCACAUACAUAGAUGAGAAACGGGACUUCCGCACGUACAAGCUGAGCCUCAUCGAGGAACAUGGAUGCUGCAAGGAGCUGGCCAGCCGGCUCCGCUAUGCUCGCACCAUGGUGGAGAAGCUCCUCAGCUCAAAGUCUGGCUCAGCCCGUGUGAAACCCUCUGUUUAGGCCUUGAUCUUGAUGGACUUGACAUCUGUGCCAAACUGCCCCAGCUGUG